UGUUUUUGUAGAUCGGAUCGUUUGAUGCAUUUCCGGGUUCGCUCCUAGCCGUCCUAGCCGUCCUAGCCUGGCCGUCCUAGCCUAGCAGGGCCUAGCCGCCUAGCCCAUUAUCAUCCAUUAUCCCUGCCUUGACCGGGUCAUGGGAUGUUCAUCGAGCAAAGCCGACAUGCCUCCAUUCAAGCCUACGAAGCCACAGCGAUGUGAUUCUGCACAAUCUGCACAUGGUUUCAACGUGUUCAAUGUGGUCGCCUCAAGGGACGACCGCUUUGACCCUGACAAGCUUGAAGAUCCAGUCUCCUCCUGGAAUCUGAACUCCGUGCCUGAAGGAUACCCGCGAGAUAAGCUCUUGCCACCAGACCGCGAGCUGCACGAGAAGCACUUGAAAAGGCUCAAUCGGUUUCUCAAAGAUUUAGAGGACGCUCCCAUCAAACUUGGAGAACGAGUCCAAGAAAAGCGAAGGAUUCGAGAGGAUGCAGCUGAUGCAGCUGAUGCAGCAGCUGCAGCUGAUGCAGCCGACGCUGAGUGGGAAGGGAUGCCCGAGAUUAGCCUUUGAUGCUUCGCGCAUGGCGCAGCGGCGCAUCGUGACCCGGACUCCACUCAGGAAACGAUUUUCUUUGCUGAUCGGAAGACAGUCGCUGAUGAAGGCAUCCUGGCAGUCAAUUGGUGAAUGCUUCGGACCUGUACACUUUAUGGAGACUUCAUAGCUUUUCCAUAGCUUUUCCCAGGUCUAUGUUGUUUUUUUUGGGCAUUCCAUCAGUUGUGCCCUGUAUUCUUACACUGAUUGGUAAAGCCAUUCAGUGUUUCGGUCCUUUUUAUUGAAUUUGGCUGGACGGCAGAGAUCUAGCAGCUCCACUAUCAACUUUGAAUAACUUCGACCACGAACAUUGACCACGAACAUUGACCAUUAUGCACU